CAACGGUAGAAACCCUCGGGCCGCACUCGUCUUCGAGUAUCGCGGCGCGCAACACGCGUUCACAGGUGUAUUAGCCUCUGCUCGUCCGCGAUUACCGUCGACCCGGUCAGUCCGCCCACUCGCGGGACAUCAUAACAACAAUAAUAACAUAAACACGCGCGACACUCGGGGCGAUCGGCGAAAAAUAUCGUUAAAAUCGGAUAAAAACCGCCGUGUCCGUUUUCGCCGACGUUAUAUCGUAACUGUUGCUCGGCGGCGCUCGAAACUACCUGUUGGACAUACGCCGCCGCCGCAGUCUUCCACCGGUUUUCCGCGCGAUUCGUAUAACAAAUAAUUUUCGUGCUAUCAUGAUUAUGCGUACUAUGUAAAUCGGCGAUCCCGGUAUGACGCGUACUCCGAUUUCCGGUCGUUCACGUCACCGCCGGCCGUGCCGACGUCCUUCGUCGCGGCGGUGUUAGAGUCGUUCUGGUCGCCGUCGCCGCUCUCCCCGCGGCGCCGCGGGAGCGUCCAGACCGCGUCGGACGACCAUCUCGCCGCGGAGUGCCGGAGACGACUGCAGUCGGACGCGAGUGCACGGUAAACGGAUGGACAUCGGAUCGGCGGCCGUGGUGGUGGCGGCGGCGGCGACCGCGCCGGAAACGACGACGACGAAGACGACCAUCACGCACCGGUCGCGGCCGGAAGCGUUGCCGGGCCGCGGUGAGCACCAGUGAUGGCCAGCUCAGGUAUGCACGCAGCACUGUACAUACGAGAGAGGCAAAAGAUCCGCGUGAAGAGGAUCCGUAGGGAUAGGUUCCAAUUGCCCAGUCACGUGGCCACCAAGAACAUCGCCCCGUUUCCGGAGUUCCCACCUACGACGUGGAAUAAGACAGCGGCUUCGGUGGCUUGGCCUGGACCGGUCGGUCCGUCUCCAGACAGCGAUGGCACGGCACCAGGUGGUUCCAUACUCAUACACCUGCCGGCUGACCCACAUAGGAAAUGGACGAAAAAAAAUAAGAUCCACGACGCCCUGUCUUUCGGCGGCGGUGACGGCGCGGACCGGCGACUGUACGAGCUGCAGCAGGGCGCGGCGGCCAACACGCUGCUGUACGUGGGACUGUGCUCGGUGGCGCUGGGCCUGAUCAUCGCGUUCGUGGGCACCGGCGAGAAGGGCUUCAAGACGGUCCAGCUCCGGUUCAUUGGGCCCGGCAUGAUCGCCAUCGGCGUGUGCUGUUGCGCCGUCCGCAUCAUGUUGUGCUUCUGUCCGCCGACGUUUUGCUUCAAGCGCCGCCGUCACAAGGAUGGCGGCGGUGGUGCUUCCGACAAGAUGGCCGAGUUCUACAAGUACAUGCCGUUCCGGAACCAUCCGCUGACCGGAAACGCCAGCGCAGCAGCCGCCGCCGCCGCGGAACCACUGACCGGUGUGGCAGUCGAGGCCGUACCGAUGACGGUCCUGAAACCGGCGCUGAAACGCGUGUCCAUGGCCGCCGACCAGCAACCGCAAAUCGUCUACCAACAAGCGAAAAGGAUGCCCAAGGCCACUCCGGAAGCCAGUUUGGACAGCAGCAUGGAACAUCUGAUCGAACAGGACGACCAUCUGUACACGAAGGACGAGGUGAGCUCGAACAAAAAUCUUUCCAACCUCAAGUCAACGUUGACAUUCGAGGACUCGUUGAACGUGGCCACCAAAAUGAUGGUUAAAUCGUUCGAGGAGCUGAACAACACGUCUUCCACGCCCGGCGCUGACUCAGCCGACCAGCACCAACGUCGGGAACUGGUGCUGAGCGCUGUGAACCUGACAAAGUAGAUGUGCGCGUCGGUCCGCACAAUACAAUGUAUACCCACAUACAUAUAACAUACAAUAACAUAAAAUAUUAUAAAUUAUUGUUGUAUUCAGAUGAAUUUGGCUGUGACGAAUAACCCCAAUACAUAUACCUGUAUAUUAUAUUAUUAACGAUUAACUACAUAUUAUAUUAGGGUAGGAUCAUAUAAGCAGCAUUCGAAUCGUGGCACUGGAAUACCUCCCCGGUAUUCGAGGGCACAAAACAAUAUGAUAGUUUUGAUUACUUACCCUCCUGCAAUUGCCAUAAAACAGGGUGAGAAGUGGCACAUUACCUAAGGUCGGUCCAAUGUAAUUUUAUUUUAUCGAUGCCAGUUUUUUCGAUUUGCAUUUCUAUACAUUAUCCUAUUUUUAAAACAUUUAAUUUCUGCACACCCUGGUAAGUUUGAAAUGUGCCACCUAUGAGUAGGGAUAGUAUAUUAGAGUUCGUAUACUUUGAAUAUUGAUAUAUAAUUGCAAUUUGUACGUUACGAAAUAAUAUAUAAUAAGAUAAACCCGACGACACGUAAUAAUAUAAUUACGAGUUAGGGAAUAUAGAGAGCAAUCUAUUUUAGUUUAAUCGAUUGUCUUAAUGUGUAUAUACCAAUAGGUGUACCCAUAUAUUUUAUAUAUAUACUAUAUUGGUAAAUGUAGUGGUAAAGCCGUAGAACCGUAGAGAUAGACAACUCUAUAAUAAUAUUAUUAUAAUAUGUAAUAAUCGUAUCCGUUUUGGCGAUGAAAUAAUAUACACAUAUGAUAUAGGUACACGCCAGUUUAUAGAAGAUAUUAUAUAUAUAUAUAUAUAUAUAUACAGUGUAAAUAUUUACAAUAACACCCAUUUAAUAUAUAUAUAUAUAUAUAUAUUGCUAUGCAGUAUAGGUACCUCCUAAUAAUGCUUGGUGUUUGUACAACAUUCGACUAGAAUAUCGCAUUAUACAUCUCACUCUAUAUUUAAAUAAAACUGCCGAAUAUUUACCUGAUAUCAUAAUUAUUUAUGCGUGUAUUAUUGUGUGUAAUAAUAUAAUAUAUAAUGACGCGUGUUAGUAUACUAAAAUCAUGUUAAAUAAUAUUAUAUUAUUAUAUAAUACCCAUAUACGGUGUACUCCCCCCCUCCCCUUCACAGGCCACAAUUACGCGGACACUUGUUUAAUGCUAUUAUUGUUAUAACAUUUUAUUGUGUAGGUAUAUAUUAUUAUACCCGUUUUCGUUUAUAUUUGAUGAAAAUUAUUUGAAAAUUGUUUCAUGUUAAAAUAUUAUGUAAGUGCAUGCAUAUAACGUGUUGUU